CAAAUUCUUAUAACUCCAGUUAGAUCUCCUUCGUUAAAUUCAAGUUUCCUCUAUUUCUGCCAGCUUAUGGCAACCAGAGGAAGAGGCAGGGGUAGAGCCGGACGAGGGGGACGAGCAAGCCGAGGAGGUAGGGGCGGCGACCAGCAGCCAGACCCCCUUAAUCAGCUGCAGCCGCCGAUCUUUCAGCAGCCCCCACCUCAUCAGCAUCCCCCUGUCUUCCAGCAACCCCCUCCUAAUCAGGGGCAGAACCAUGUUCAGAUCAUGGGUCAGUUUCGUGUUCUGUCCCCGCCAACUUUCACCGGGGCAGACGGGCCACAAGCAGUUGAUGACUGGUUCAUGAACCUCGAGAGGAUCUUUGAGGUCCUUAACUACUCAGACCAGGAGAAGAUUGUCUGUGCCCGCUUCCAGAUGAUAGGGGAUGCGGGUAGAUGGUGGUCAGAUGUUUGGCGCCUUAAGACUACAGCCGAGAGAGAUGCUAUGACCUGGGAGCAGAUGGAGAGGCAGUUCUAUGCCCUGCAUCAGGGAAACCUAUCCGUAGAGGAGUAUGAGCGUGAAUUUACCAGACUGAGCCACUUUGCCCCGCACAUGGUGGACACUGACUUUAAGAAGUGCCGUCGUUUCCUGAACGGGCUGCAGAGGGACCUUCGCUUUGUGCUGAGUAGCCAUGGGUCUCUGACCUAUGCAGAGACCAUUCUGAGAGCUCAGCAGAUAGCGGCUAGUCAGC